GAGAGAGAGAGAGAAACCGAUGCGCGAUCGUCACCGCAAACGCCCCCUGAUCAAAAAGGGCUCUCCCCCGCUCCGCCGGUGCGGUGCACGCUACCACCCUGCAUGCACCCCGCCCCACGCCACCGCGCUGCCUCUCUCUCUCUCUCUCUCUCUCUCUCUCUCCCUGUCCGUGCUAUAUAGCGCACCCCAUCUCCCCCUAAUUUUGGCACAACCCGGCGCCCGCAUUUCGCUCUCGCGGCAGCAAGGGGGGUUUAACAGAGGGGACGAGGCGGGGUCAGUCAGUUGUUUGGAUCCGAUCAGGCUGCGCGCGGCGGCGACGAGAUGAUGGCUUCGCCGGCGUUUGCGGUUGUUUCCGGGGCGGGUCUCGGCGGGGCACCGGCUCCUCCUCGAUCCGGCGCCGCCGACCGGAGGAGGCGCGGGCUUCAGCUGCCUCUGCUCUUCGGCCGCGACAAGGGCUCCUGUUUCCCUCAUGCCAUCCGCGUCGCAAGUUCCGGGAGGCGCGUCGUCAUGCGCGUGGGGGGCGUGUCCGGGGAGGUGACGAUCCCUGACGGCAAGAGUGACGGAAUGCUGUCUUCUGAUGGUUCCGCUCAGUUCCAGUCUGAUGAUUUGGAGGUACCAUCCAUCGAUGAUGAAUUAAGCAUAGAGGGUGGAAAUGAAGGUAAUAUUGAAUCUUCAGAAACAGAUCAGGGUACUGAAGAAAGUAAUGUCGAAGGCAUGAACAAAAUGGCCAAAGAAUCAGCUGCCGGGGAGAAACUACGUGUUAUCCCACCACCAGGAAAUGGAGAGCAAAUAUAUGAGAUUGACCCAACUCUGAAAGCGUAUAAAUACCAUCUUGAGUAUCGAUACAGCCUAUAUAGGAGAGUACGUUCAGAUAUUGACCAACACGAAGGAGGCAUGGAUGCAUUUUCCCGCGGUUAUGAGAACUUUGGAUUUAAUCGCAGCGCUGAAGGCAUCACUUACCGAGAAUGGGCUCCUGGAGCACUUUCUGCUGCGUUAGUAGGCGACUUCAACAAUUGGGAUCCUAAUGCAGACCGUAUGAGCAAAAAUGACUUCGGCAUUUGGGAGAUUUUUCUGCCUAACAAUGCAGAUGGUUCGACACCAAUUCCUCAUGGCUCACGUGUAAAGGUGCGAAUGGAUACUCCAUCUGGGAUAAAGGAUUCAAUUCCGGCCUGGAUCAAGUAUUCUGUGCAGGCCCCAGGAGACAUACCAUACAAUGGGAUCUAUUAUGAUCCUCCUGAAGAUGAGAAGUACGUAUUCAAGCAUCCUCAACCUAAACGACCAAAGUCAUUGCGGAUAUAUGAAACACAUGUUGGAAUGAGUAGCCCGGAACCUAAGAUCAACACAUAUGCAAACUUCAGGGAUGAGGUGCUUCCAAGGAUAAAAAAACUUGGAUACAAUGCAGUACAGAUAAUGGCAAUCCAAGAGCACUCAUAUUAUGGAAGCUUUGGGUACCAUGUUACCAAUUUCUUUGCACCAAGUAGCCGUUUUGGGACCCCAGAAGAUUUAAAAUCUUUAAUUGAUAGAGCUCAUGAACUUGGUUUGGUUGUCCUCAUGGAUGUUGUCCACAGUCAUGCGUCAAGUAACACCCUGGAUGGGUUGAAUGGUUUUGAUGGCACUGAUACACAUUACUUUCAUGGUGGUGCACGGGGCCAUCAUUGGAUGUGGGAUUCUCGCGUGUUCAAUUACGGGAAUUGGGAAGUCAUAAGAUAUCUACUUUCCAAUGCAAGAUGGUGGCUAGAGGAAUAUAAGUUUGAUGGUUUCCGAUUCGAUGGUGUGACCUCCAUGAUGUAUACUCACCAUGGAUUACAAGUAACGUUUUCAGGGGACUACAACGAAUAUUUUGGCUUUAACACCGAUGUAGAUGCAGUCGUUUACUUGAUGCUGGUAAAUGAUCUAAUUCACGGGCUCUAUCCUGAGGCCAUAACUAUUGGUGAAGAUGUUAGUGGAAUGCCUACAUUUGCCCUUCCUGUUCAAGUUGGUGGGGUUGGUUUUGACUAUCGUCUGCAUAUGGCUGUCGCUGACAAAUGGAUUGAACUUUUCAAACGAAGUGAUGAAUCUUGGCAGAUGGGUGACAUUGUGCACACACUAACAAAUAGGAGGUGGCUAGAAAAGUGUGUUACUUAUGCUGAAAGUCAUGACCAAGCACUAGUUGGUGACAAGACUAUUGCAUUCUGGUUGAUGGACAAGGAUAUGUAUGAUUUCAUGGCUCUGGAUAGACCUUCAACACCUAACAUUGAUCGUGGAAUAGCAUUGCACAAAAUGAUAAGACUUAUCACGAUGGGUUUAGGAGGAGAGGGCUAUCUUAACUUCAUGGGGAAUGAGUUCGGACAUCCAGAAUGGAUAGAUUUUCCAAGAGGCCCACAAGUACUUCCAAGUGGUAAGUUCAUCCCAGGGAACAACAACAGUUAUGACAAAUGCCGUCGAAGAUUUGACCUGGGUGAUGCAGAAUUUCUUAGGUAUCAUGGUAUGCAACUGUUUGAUGAGGCCAUGCAGCAUCUCGAGGAGAAAUAUGGAUAUAUGACAUCGGGCCACCAGUACAUUUCUCGGAAACACGAGGAGGAUAAGGUUAUUGUGUUUGAAAAAGGAGAGUUAGUAUUUGUGUUCAACUUCCAUUGCAGUAACAGCUAUUUCGACUACCGUGUGGGUUGUUUAAAGCCUGGGAAGUACAAGGUGGUCUUAGAUUCGGACGCUGGAGUCUUUGGUGGGUUUGGUAGGAUCCAUCACACGGCAGACCAUUUUACUUCCGACUGUCAACAUGACAACAGGCCCCAUUCGUUCUCAGUGUACACUCCCAGCAGAACUUGUGUUGUUUAUGCUCCAAUGAACUGACACAGGAAGAUGCAGCAUAGAAAGCAUGUGCACCAGUUGUUGGAGAUAGCGAAAGAAAUCAUUUGGUUUAUACAACAAGGUGGCAAAGGUCUGUCUGAUGCUAUGAAAAACUUGUCCGAGCAGGUUUAAUAAGGUUUCUGCCUCAAGGAAUGCUGGAUAUAGACCAGACGGCUUGCGUUGUGGUUUCUGCUCCCAAUUCGGUGUGCAUUGUCAGAAAACAUGCUCAUUUGUGUUCUCAUUCUGUCGAACCGUGAUAGAACCUGUCCCAAAUACCGAUGCCUUUGAAAACCAUGGUGCGCCGUAGAUCAUUGCUGUUACCCUUUCAACUUCCAGUUAAGCAUAGAUGUUUUGUUAUCUUGUGAUGCUUGCUUAUUUUGGAAUGAUAUUCCUACUUCCCGUUUUAUCAAAGACUUCUUUCGCGAU